AAAUUCAAAUUUUGAUUAUGAAAGAAUAGCGCUCCUUUCUCCAACGGCCAGACGCUAAGCUUGAAGCUGGGUUGAGAGAGAGCCAAGAAAACCUCAGGAAAAAUGAAGAAGCCAAAUCGUCGUUCAAAGCAAAAGAGCGCUUCCGCCGAUUCUUCUACUUCGCCUUUGAUCUUACCAGUUGAUAAGGAAAACCCGGAUACAAGGAUCCGAGAUCUGGAGCUAGAAAACGAAGCUCUUCAGAGGGUGAUUGAGGAGCUAAGAAGCAAACUGAUUGAUGUUACACCAAACUCCUGUGUUGGUGUUCAAAAACUGGAUCAAUGGUAUCCUCGAAAUUCAGGGACCUCUCCAAAGGUUGUUGAGUUGAAAAAACUAGGCAUACAGUCUCAACUCUCAGCCAAAAAGCCUAAAUCAGAUGAACUGUCAGUUCAGUUUCAGGAUGAGAUUCAAAGAUUAAAGGUGCAAAAGGUUCAGCUUCAGUGCAAGAUGAAGCUUGACUCGAUGCAGUUCAGGUUGUGUAAGGCUUCACAGGAGAAGGAAAUUCUUCAGCUUAAGAAAGAGCAAAGAAGGAACAUGUACGAGAAGCAUGUUCUCUCAACUCGCUUUCAGAGGCAAAAGCAUGUGUUGCAGCGGAAAACAGAAGAAGCUUUUGCGGCUGUAAAACGUCUAAAACAGCUAACUGAAUCCAGGAAGACUUUGUCUCACAAAAUAGCUGUAGGUGCUAGAAUUGGCAUCAAAACUGGAACUCAGGGUAUGGAGAAUGAUUUUGAAGUCAAAAUGAAGCUUGACGAAGUAACUUCAAAAUACGAACAUCGAAUUGAAAAGAUGGUUGAUGAGAUAAAGAAACUCAAGCUAGAACUGGAGAUGCUAAGGGAAGAAAAUUCCAGCUACAGGACAGGGGAUAAUGAAGCUGCCAUAAAUGAUUUAGAGUUGAUAGAUAUAAGAGAAGAAGUUGCUAAACUAAGUUGUAUGAUUAGCAAGAUGAAUUUGUCGAAGACACAACUUGUUCCAGCAGAUAGGUCACAGGCUGACUUGGUUCAGACCUCUAUUUCCAUUGGAAGCAAUAUUCAUACAUCAGGCACGGACGCAUCUGAAUUGGAACAGUCUGAAGGACUUGCUUCCAUGAUAAAGAAAACUUCAGGAGUGUGCUGCUCCUGUUCUAAAAAGUCUUUGUGUAAGACCCUCAAAUGCGGUUGCCGGGCAGCAGGGAGCAGCUGUGGGGUGUCUUGUGGCUGUGCAUCGGGCAAGUGCACAAAUAAAGAGAAGUUCCUCUCGAAUUGGAUGACAUGCCGCAACCAGAGAUGCCGAAAGACAUUACACCGGACUCUAUUGAAGAACAGAAGGGCACAGUUGACGAGGCUAUCGUGAUUCAAGAUAAAACUGUUGAAAACCUUCCAGAGAUGAAUGAAGAUUGUGAACCUAGAAAGCAGCCAUUACGUGAGAUUGGGAACACAAUGAUCAAACCAAUUGCUGCGAAACUUGGCCCUGGAA